AUGGAGGAGGGGGCCAUUUCUUUAGUCUUCCAUGGCUUUAAGUUGGCUAGAGAGCUUGAAGAAAACCUACCAAACAUAACUAACCAACCUGCCAUUCUUUCGGCGGCUUGUGAUGAGAUCAUUAAAGUUUUCACUAACGCGAGGGAUCGAUUUAAUGCUCAAUCCACGCAGCAAGAGAUUGCAGUUGGAAUGCAAGAAUGGUUAAAGCAGGGUUGCACACAGGCCAUGGAUUUGCUUCAGUCUCAACUAAUGGGUGGAAGUGGAAAGACUGAUCAGUUUGGUGGUGGUGGCAUGGAAAUGGUAGGAGGAAGAGACAGGGAAACUUCUGCGUGGUUAGGAGGUGGUGGAGGGGCGGUUCAGCUGAUGGAUGUGGCUGAUUCCGGCAGAGGUGGUAGUUCCUCCUCCCAAAGACCACGAAGAAGAAAGGACGAGGCAAACAGACGAAUAGAAAGAUUGCCAGCUCCUAGGAUGGGAAAUACUGAGAUUCCACCGGAGGAUGGCUAUACUUGGAGAAAAUAUGGACAGAAGGAGAUCCUAGGAUCAAGAUUCCCAAGGAGUUACUAUAGAUGCACCCAUCAAAAACUAUACCAGUGCCCGGCGAAAAAGCAAGUCCAAAGACUCGACGACGACCCCUACACGUUCGAAGUGAUGUACCGAGGCGAUCACACGUGUAUCAUGUCCUCCACAGCACCGUCAGCGCCUCCAACUUCCGUAGGCGGCGCCACCACCACCCACGAGGUGAGACACAGUCACCACUAUGCACACAUGCAGAUGCAGCCUCCUCCACCACCACCAACACCAUCUGCUUCAGUCCCUCUUAGCAGAUGGUUGUCCAUGGACAUGCAAAUGUACAGACACUUUGGUCUUAGUGGUCCCGGAGGCGCCAGCAGCAGCAGCGGCGGCAGCGGCAUGGUGGCCAGUGGGGGUGCAGGUCCGUCCACCGGCCGAUACCGUAGGGAAGUUGACUAUCCUGUGGUUGAUUUGGCAGACGCCAUGUUUAAUUCGGGUAGUAGCAGCAAUAACAGCAUGGAGGUUAUAUUUUCUUCAAUGGAGGAGAAAAAGGAAGGAGGAGGAGAAGACCCGAAGAACUAGCUAAUCCCUUAACUUAUCUGGUGGCAUUUACUCUUAAUCUCUGUUUAGAUGUUAAACCUCAGAAGAAAUGGCUCAUUACUUUGAGCCAUUUAAUUGAUUAUCACCC